AUGUCCGGCUACACAGAGAAGCAGCCAUGGACAUCCACAAGAAGCAGGUCCGCCGUGGUGCGUGAACCAGCGCGGGGGGGCCUUCUUGCGUGGCUUCCCCCUCCCGGAGUCCACGAGGCGGAGGAUGGCGCUGAUGGCCGCCCAGGGGGAGCCCCCCUCCCGCAUCGCCCGACAGCUCAAGGUCUCGGAGGGCAGCGUGAGCCAGAUCCUGGGCCGCUUCCGGAGGACGGGGAGCCUGGAGGCGGGGGCCCCGAGGGGAGGGCGCCCCCGCUCCGCCACCACCUCCGCCUAGCCCCCGCCCUGGCCGCGCUCCUGGCCGACCCUUCAGCCCCCCACACACGCCCCUCCGCCGCGGAGAUCCGCCGCCGCCUCCAGCAGGAAGGACUCGGCCCCCGGGGAGGAGGGGCGGCGCUGCCUAGCGUCUCCUCCAUCCGGCGCCUCCUCCGGAGCCUGGAGAGCGGCGGCGCCCGGGUCCCGCACAGCCCUCCGCCCGGAGCAGCAGGAGGAGGGGGCGUCCCCCGGGCCCCCCGCCAGAGCCGGACGGCCUUCUCUCCGCGGCAGCGCCGGGCCCUCGAGGACGCCUUCCAGCGCGACCCUUACCCGGAGGCGCCCGCCCGGGCGAAGCUGGCGCAGGAGGCGGGGCUGCCCCUCUCCGCCGUCACCGCCUGGUUCUCCAACCGGAGGGCGCGGCGGCGGAGAGAGGCCGAGGCCGCCCCGGACCCCCAGGCUCCCCCCGGAGGGGGGCCCUGCUGCUCCUGCGCUUCCUCGGCGGCGGCGUUGUCGUACGAGAGGAGGGUCCCUUGCUGCCCCCUCCCCCCCCCACCCCCCACCCAGCUGCCUGCCUUGACCUCUGGCGGCGCCCCUCAAUGA